ACCGUAGUUGGGGCACCACUGUUGGAAAGAGGUUUGUCCCUCAGCUGAAAAUAAACUUCACUAACUUCAGCUGGUUUCGUGAUUUGAGGUCGACACAGCUGAGCUACCAGAGCACCAUAAUCAGGCAGGCAUCAUGGGCAACACAAGUGACAGAGUGUCUGCAGAUCGUCAUGGAGCCAAGGCCCACCGCUCAGACAGCAGCGGAAGUCACAAAGACCAAGAACCCAGCAGCAAGAUGGUGGACAGCACAGACGACCCCAACAUCUUCAACACCCAUGGGCCAGAGUCGAAGGUGUUAGAGGAGAAAGAAUCAGAUCUGGUAGACCAGGUGAAAACUGGUCGUCAGGCUCGGCCCACAGUCAUCCGCUGGGCUGGAGGUGGGAAGGAAGUCUUCAUAGCUGGUUCCUUUAAUAACUGGAGCACAAAGAUACCACUCAAUAAGAGCCAUAAUGACUUUGUAGCGAUCCUGGACCUGCCAGAAGGAGAGCACCAGUACAAGUUUUUUGUAGAUGGACAGUGGGUCCAUGAUUCUUCAGAGGCAGUUGUAACCAGUCAGCUCGGCACCAUCAACAACCUGAUCCAGGUGAAGAAGUCAGACUUUGAAGUGUUUGACGCCCUGCAUGUGGACUCUCUGGAGUGCUCAGACACAUCAGAUCUGUCCAGCUCCCCUCCGGGUCCAUAUGGGCAGGAGCAGUACAUCUUCAGGCCUGAGGAGCAUUUCAAAGCCCCACCUAUACUCCCUCCCCACCUCCUCCAAGUCAUCCUCAACAAGGACACCAAUAUAUCUUGUGACCCUGCCCUGCUGCCUGAACCCAACCAUGUGAUGCUUAACCACCUUUACGCCCUCUCAAUUAAGGAUGGAGUAAUGGUGCUGAGUGCCACUCACAGAUACAAGAAGAAAUACGUCACCUCCCUGCUUUAUAAGCCUAUCUAAACCACUACUUGGGAGCUCCCCGGUGCUUUUAGAGAGCAGCAUAGUUCUAUUUUGCUGGGUUAUUUUAUUUUUUUUUCUCGGUAUGAUCACAUUUAGCCAAAUCUUGCACUGAACGAGUUUACAGGCAAGCUAAAGGCCAGUGGCUGAGACUUAGUCUUGGUUUUAUUUAAAGUCUGCACUUCUGUCUACAUAGGGCUCUGAAUAAAAGUAGCAAAGUGUGUGUAGGGUGGUGGAGAGAGAGAUGAAAACCAUACUGUGGCUUUUACCUGUGACAUCUACAGACAGAUAAAGACUAAAUCACUGUGUGUAUUUAAGUGUUUGCUGCACCUUGUGAAUAUGUGCAUGUCCGUGUGUAAACGGGGAAGAAGUUGAUCUGUAAGGAUCAGUUACUGUAAUGGUGAUUUUAAGGAUGUUCUCCUAAAGUGGUGGGGUUUGAGUGUUCUUGGUGUGGAUCAACAGUUUGAUUUUAAAGUGUUGUGUCAUCAUAUUCUUGUUGAACAGAUGUCAAUCACAUGAUGGACUAAUUGACCUAACAGUAUUUAUGGCAAGUGCAUGUGUGAUAACAGAAUGGUCUAGAUGCUGAAGAGAGAAGCAGACUUGGCAUUGGUUGAACAUGAAGUGCAGUAACGUGCUGUAAAGAGAACUUAACUCAACAUAGACUCACAAACACAAUAGACAAGAACAGGAUGAGGGGGAAGCAGCGAACAAUAUAUGUAUCAUUGAAUAUCUCACAGUUCAGCUAUCGUGCAGUGAAAUCUAUAACAUGAGCUAAACUACCAUUAUUGGUCACUGUAGAUGGAGUACUUGUCUGUUUUAACAGGAAAAGCCCACUCUCCAGAAGGGGAAUGGAGGUCAAAAGGCAAUGUUUAGUUCUGCUGCUGCCUUUAUCUUGACAUUUUGCUAGCACUUUACCAUCCUGAGAGAAGGGGUGUUGAUAUAAGCUUUUAAGUACGCAGCAGGCAACUCUUACUGUACUGUAGCUUCUCUGGAUUGUAGAACACAAUUUGUGCUUUUCCUUCUUCAGAUAUGAUGACCUUGCAGUGCUUUUUGUGUGCAUCUGUAUUGAGUUUUAUUUAUCAAAUAGAAAUGUACUGUAUGUGUCUGUUACAACUGUAGUCAUACACAGAGGCGUGUACACCGAAACAGUAGAACUUGCUGCUCUGCAUGCGUUGUGAAACUUGUGAAAUUACCACACAUUUUCUGAGUGUGGUGCACAUUUCGGAAGCAGAUCGACCGCAUUCAGAUGAAUUAACAGGGCUACGAGGAGAGAUAGUUGCCAUGAAUUUAAUAGUUGUACAAUGUUUGCUCACUUGUGUUCUUUACAGUAUAGCCAUCAAAGAUAAUCUGUAUUUUGAGGUAUGUACUUUGAAAGUUAUUUUUGUCAAGUCGUGCAGUUUAAUAGUCUGCUUAUACGGUACAGUGUGAAUCAAUGGUUGAAACAGACUUAUAAAAGGGGCAUUCAUAACUCUUAUUGGUGUUUAACUAGAUGCUCUGAAAGUAUUUUUUGAAUGUAUGAAUGCCAUGAAGUUUUGUCCAAAGAGUUUUUAAGGCUGAUAUAGAAAGAUAUUGAGGACAAGCGCCAUGGCCGCGUGGUGUUUUAAGGCUGAAACCCAAAACUUGAAUUUUUUCAACUGUUUAGUGAAUGUUAUUAAAGUGCUUUGCAGAACCAGUGUGAUGAGUCUCUGUACACGGUUUUACUUCUUUGCAAAUAAAGAACGGACACGCUGG